AUGCUUCCGAAAAUUAGAGAUAAAGGAUUACUUACAGAUGAUAGUGAGCAUUACAUUUUAAACACAUUGCCGAAGAAUUACAUCUGUGAAAGCGUUGCUUUAUUGAUGAAAAAUAUGAUUAAUUCUUGCACUCAAUGGAAUUACAAAACUUCAAAGAGAGUUGAUGUUUUUAUGGAAAUUUACGCCAUUACGCUAACAUUAGAUCCAGAAUAUGCCGAAUAUAUGCAAUGGGUCGUUAAUCUUUACCAAAGAUGGAUUAUUGACCCAAGUUUCCUUGGUAACACAGAAAAACAGAACAAAUACAUUCGAUUAAUCAUCAAACAUCUUUCAAUUCCAUUCCAAAAUGUGAAUUUUUCUUCAGAUGGAAUCAAAUUUUACAAUGUCUUGAUUAACAUCUUGGAUACUUACAGAACAUUAGUUCAAACACAUGGCAAAAUCUUAGAAAAUGAAUCAUGGAAAACUUUAAUUAUGACAAUUUUAGCAAUUUGCGACCAACUAAAUUCCGCAAAGGAAUCGAAAUCGGUUACAUCAGAUCACAUUACGAAAUUACAAACAAAAGCCCUUUACAUUUGCUUCUAUCUUUUGUUUUCAACACCACAAGACAAUUCUUACUUCGAUGUCUUCCUGAAAUUCUCAGUUACGUGGUCUUCAGUCAGCAGCUAUAUCAAUGCAUGGGGAAAUUGGAUUGUUCCAGCUUACGAAUUAAUUUUACAUAAAAAUUUCAAUAGUUCUCGCUUAGAAUACUUAUCCAAAUCAGAAAUCCAUCAGAUCAUCAUGAAUAUCGAAUGGUCCAGGCUUCCUUCUGCAUUACAAUUCUUAUUAAAUGCAGUUGAUUAUGAUAUAGCGAAAAAAGAUGAUAAAGUAAGCAUUGCUUUAGUCAAUGUUGCCGCACAAGCAGCUGCAGCGUCAUUCCAGCUCGCUAUCGACAACUCCAAAGGAAAAGGAGCUCUUAGAUUCCCUUUAAAGCCAUUUCUCCAUCUUUUUGGCAAGAUAAUCUACGGAUAUUCGAUCAAGACACUCGAAUUCAUCGACGUUAUCAACAAAGCAAUACUUUGGAUCAUAUCUAAUUUUGAUUUCACCGGAUGCGAAAAGGAAAUACAAGCUUUAGUUGAUAUAAUCAACAGCCAGUAUCAGAAAAGCAUCCAACUCGUACGAGGAAUGAUCCAGGCAAUGUCUAGACCUCUUCCAGAAGCUGUAUUUGUUUCAUUAGGAGCAACUUCGCUUGCAACAAUCGAUUCAUUGCAAGUUCCUGAUGUAAACAAUGAAGAAUUUAUUGUUCCUUUGUUCUUAAGUGCUUGUAAUGCAACUAAGAAAUAUCAAACCGUUCAUUUCAUGAGAUUAUGGGACAAUUCGAAGCGUUUCCAGAGCCGUUUGCAAUUGAUAUCACAAUCCUUUAACUACGAUAUCAAUAUUGGCUCAAUAACUCAAAAAGCGCUGACAACUGAUAAUCUCGAGCUUCUUGAGAUGUCACUUUGGCUUGCAUUGGCUUAUUCCAUGUCAGUCAGAGAAAACGUCCAUGACUGCAGAUCUAACUCUCAGGCUCUUGAAUACGUUGUAGAUUUCGCAUUACAGCACCAUUUGGACGGAGAUUGCCUGGCAGUCAUCUUAUUAUCAUGCUUAGAGUCCAUUAAUUGGGGCAUGCCUUCUUUCCCGAAGCUAAAUGCCCUUUUGGACUAUACUUUGCAGAUUCAAAACGAAACUUCCCCGGUGAAGUACGCGAAAUCUCUGGCCAAACUCAUUAUAUGGCGAUCAUCAUUCAAUGAAGUAUCUCCAGACAUGUCGUGCGAGAUCUUCGCAUCAUCCAUCAAGAAGGAGGACGUCGAAAAGUCCGAGUUCGUCGUUGUCGGAGAUACGAUUUUGUUAUCAUUCAACAAGAAGAAUGAAAAAGAGAUUGAAAUCAUUGCAAGAGGGCCAUUUGGAAAAACAUCUUUCACAGCAACUGAUGAUAAUUUCGGAAAAAUUAUUCCGAAAUUUAAUACAUUGCCAGAAGAAAGGAUCACUCUCAACCAAAAGGAUUUGUAUGGAACACAAUAUGAAGUUGAUGAGUUCAAGAAUCUUCCAAAACCACAACAAAAGAUUAUUGAUGAUUUGACAUGGCUUAAGAAGCCAAUCAGACAGGUUAAACAGAGCCACGAUACAUCAAUAUACGAGUUUUUAGUUAAAUGCGGCCUCCUUACCUCUCAUAAUUUAUUUAAUAUCAGAUAUAUUACUGACAAAUCAGCAGCUUCCAAGGCAAUUGACAUGUUCCAGAAGACAGAGUCCAAUCCUGUUCUGUUUGUCCCAAUUCUUCACAUGAUUCCCGGUGAAACAGAGCUAAAUUGCAGCCGACAAAAAACAACUGCGAAUUUGAAGGCGUUUUUGAACGGAAUUGCUCCAAUAUUCACCAUAAACAAAGACCACGGCCAAUCAUUACUGAACAUCAAGUUUAAACAAGGUUUUCCGUUGAUUCCAAGUGUGGCAAAUUCAUUAGGUUUUAUUUGCCCAGAAAUAACAGAAACCGAUGAAGAUGCGAAGAAAGUGAAGGAUUUAUACGAUGCCACCAAAGUUAGGAUCAUUUUUGACGAGGCAGAUUCUAAAUUUGGUGAAUUGAAGAACGAACCACAUUUUAUGAUCAAACCAUUGCAAAGAGGCUGUUACUUGGUCGAAACAGGGUUGAAGGACCAAUGUUUCGCCCCGAUGCAGCUCAUGACAGCGAAAUCUUUCUCUCAAGCACUAACUAUGUUCGUGGAAAGGAGAGUAAGCAGCUUUAAUAGCACAAAUGCAAUAGAUACAGUCGCUGUGAGAACAAAAAUUGUUUCUCAGCUUGUUUCUAAACCCGUAGAUGAAUUUCCUUUGUUUGAUUAA